AUGAAUCCUUCCACUGCAAGACACAUUGUCAAGUCUGGUAGAUCUCCUAGGACUUCAAGAUCUCAACAGACCUCAAACCGGUCUGUGAUUCCCAAUGAGGUCACUGAUUGCUUCACCUACAAUGCCAAUGCCAGUGUCGAACUUGCCCUCAGGAUUCUAAGUUUGAACACGGUCUAUACUGAUCCCGUGCGUCAUGACAUGGUAAUAGAACUAAGUAGAGAGUUCAAAGAGAGACAAGGUAAACCUAUGAACCCAACCGAUACUUCAAGGUUGGUUGAGCCGUUUCAAGAUAUGGGUUUAACGGCUCCUAGCCUCAGUCAGACUGAGGGUGGCGGUAGAGCUUCAAGAAGAUCAAGUCGUAAGAUUACAACCCUGACAACAAAUACGGUCGAUCAUGUUCAAGAAGAAAUGAUCAAGUCUAAUUAUUCUGUUUUACAUGCUAGAGCUGAUGGAGCUGAUAUACCUUGGAAUGUGAUGGUGAAGCAACUUACCAGCACGGCAAGAUGGACAGAUCGAAGAAAUGAAGCCGAUGUCAGUACGAUAAAUGCGACUAGACUCAAUUCUCAAAACCUCACUGCUUGUCUAAGUGAGUGGGAAUCCGGAAAGGGUGAAAAACGUAGACAACAUCUAACUCUGGCCCGAGAGAUGACUUUUGGUCUUGGUGCUAAACUUCGUGAAAACCUCUAUAAAACCUACGAAUACACUGGAUGGAAUUCCGAAUAUACAAUUGUGACUACAGUCCCGCCACUGAAAGAAGAAUUGGAGGCUUUCAAAUACGUACCCUUUUUACAACGUUUCGAGGACCUCAAUGACACAGAAGCCGCGUCGGAUGUCGACCAAGAAGAGGAACGUGAAGUUGAAUCAAUGGUUCUUGAACCUGCACGAUCCACAUUUGUGCCCUCCAAGGGACAGUCACAUUUUCAACAGGACAUUGAUAAUAUCUACGGACACACACAAUAUAAUCAGCAGGAAGAUGCAGAGAUGUCCAUACCAAUUGGAGAAGCAAGGGGAUACAGCCACAUGUCUCCCGAGAACUAUACUUCUGUAACAUCAGGCUUCACAGGGAGCGCCAAUAUGGGGAUCUUGUCCGAUAAUGAGGGAGGGGAUAACUCAUUAUACUCCUCAACGCAGCAAAGUCAACCAGGUCCAUCCUCAGGGGGAGUUCUGCAAUUCAACUCUCCACCUAUGGAUACGGCCAGAAGGGUUUGGUUGGAUAUAUUAGCCAAAUCAGAGCAAACCCGGCUAGAGGAACAAGCACGACAUUAG